CACGCGGUACGUUCCUAACCUUUAAACUCAUGUUUGCACGUGUUUUUGUGUAAAAAACUAAAAGUUAACAAACAAUUUAACAACAAAGGAUUUAUAGCACAGAAAGAAAGGAUAUUUCACUGAAGCGACAAAUUUAUUGGAUUUAUUCUGUUCCCAUUGUUCACAGUUGAUUCGUUAUUUAAAGAAACGCAAAUUCUUUUAGGAAUAACUUAUCAAUACGCACAAUGGCGAAAAUAAAGAACAAAAAAUCGAAAUUAGCCGAUGUUUAUGCUAAAAAACGUAAACAGCAACAGGCAAAGAAAACAAUAACACCUUUUGAAAUACAUGUAAAUAGAGACAAGAGAAAAGUUUUAGGACAAAAAAGUAAAUCAGAUCGUGGACUUCCAGGUAUAUCACGAACAAAAGCAAUUGCCAAACGAAAGGGAACUUUACUUCAGGAAUAUAAAUUCAAGGAUAAGGACAAUAUUCUCCUUGAUAAACGUUUACAUCAAAAGAAUCCCAAUAUGUCCGAGGAGGAAAAAGCAUUGGCAAGAUUUGCAAAAGAAAGAAUGAAAGCGCAGAAGAAAAAAAAUAUUUUCAAUUUAAAUGACGAUGAGAUUUUAACGCAUAAAGGUCAGGCGAUAAUGGAUAUUGAAAAAUUCGAUAAUCCAAAUAGCGAUGACGAUGAAUUAAGUGAUGGUGAUGAUGAGAAUCGUGAGGGAAGAUUGGGUAAAAAGUUUUUAGAAGAAGCUCAUUUUGGCGGUGGUCUUUUAUCAAAUGCAAGUAAUGAAAAAUCGAGAAAAAGUGUUAUUGAAGAGCUCAUUGCCGAGUCAAAGAGAAAGCGCGAUGAGAGAAUAAAAAAACAGGAAAAAAUUGAGGAUUUAACGAAAAAACUUGAUACCGAUUGGAAGGAUCUUUUGCCUAUUAUAACAAAUACAAAUAAAUCAUUGGAUGCAGUUGAGGAAAAACCAAAAGCCGAUGAUUAUGAUAUUACUAUGCGACAAUUAAAAUUUGAAAUUCGAGGUAAUCCCACCGAUAAAUUAAAAUCCGAGGAAAAAAUUGCUGAGGAGGAACGAGUGAAUUUAGAGAAAUUGGAACAAGAUAGAUUGAAGAGAAUGAAUGGUUUCGAGAAGGACGAUCUUUAUAGAAAGCAUAGAUCUGCCGAUGAUUUGGAUGAUGGUUUUGUGGCUGAAAAUAUAGACGACGAGGACGAUAAGCAAAAUGAAGACAGUGGGUCAAAGGAUUCCGAUUCUGAUGACGAAUCCGGUGAUGAUGAGGAAGAAGAAGAAGAAGAAGAAAAAGGAGAAGAAGACGAAGAAGAAGAGGAGGAAGAGGAAGAAGAAGAGCAACGGAAAGGAGAAAAACCUCCAGGAAAAAAAUGUACAAAAAAAGAUAAUGAAGUUGAAGAGAGCAGUGAACAUGAGGAUAACGAGGAAGAAGAAGAGCAAGGGAAAGGAGAAAAACCUUCAGGAAAAAAAUGUACAAAAAAAGAUAAUGAAGUUGAAGAAAGCAGUGAACAUGAGGAUAACGAGGAAGAAGAGGAAGAAGAGGAAGAAGAGAAAUUAAAUAAAAGAGAACAAAGUCUGAAUGAUAAUUCCAAUGAAGAGAAUGAAAAUAAUAGUUCAGAGUCGGAAGACGAAGACAAUUUGUCAGAUUUAAAAGUUUCGGAAUCUUCCAGUGAUGAUGAGGAAGAAGAAGAACUGACCAUCAAAAAAACCUCUAAAUUGGAAAGUAAAAAUAUUUCGCAAAAUUUAAAAACCUUGAGAAAAAAUGAAGAGUCCUUCAAUGAAAGUGAGAAAAUGUUGGAGAAAGCUCGAGCGGAAUUGCCACAUACAUACAAAGUUCCCGAAACUUAUGAGGAUUUAAAUAAAUUAUUACGGGGACAUAAUGAACACUAUCAAUCGGUCAUUAUCGAGAGAAUUAUUAAGUGCAAUCAUUGGACUUUGGGUGCUAAAGGAAGCAGAGAAAAAUUGUGCGGUCUUUUCGAACAUUUAUUAAUGUACAUUGAUUGUUUCGAUUUGUCGAGUGAAGAAAGUAUUCUCAAGAGUUUUCAAAUAUUAGACAGAUUGUGUCCCCAUCUUUAUGACUUGGCUCAUGCGAGCGCUGAAAAUGCAAAGAAAUGUAUACAAGAAAUCAUUAAAACGAAGCAUAAUGAAUUUGAAGAGAAAAAGAAGAAAUAUGUUGGAAGCAAUUUGUUGAUGUUUUUAAAAUUAGUAUCUCUUAUAUUUCCAACAUCCGACUUCAGGCAUCCGGUCGUCUCUCCUUGUUUAGUAUUCAUGUCUCAAAUACUCUUGAGAUGCUCAGUUAAGAGAAAAAGUCACAUUUCCAAGGGCUUAUACAUAUGUACAUUAAUUCUAGAGUAUACGACAUUGAGUAAACGAUUUUCACCAGAGGCGAUAAAUUUCUUACGCGGUUUGAUAUAUUUAUCGAUGCCAAAACCACAGGACAAUAAAGCGAUUAAAGUUAUUCCUCCUUUCAAAUCUGAUGGUGAUUUUAGUAAAUUAUUGGAAAUUGAUGAAAAUAUGAAAAAUCACAAAAUAGAUCUCAGUAAACCACAAAUGAAAACGUCUGAUUUAAUAGAAGAUGAAAUAGAUUCUGAUUUUAAAAUUCGUGUAUUUGCUACGACAAUAAAUUUAAUUUAUGAAUUUAAAAAGCAAUACGAGGAAUUGGAUGCUGUUUACUCGAUUUUUGAGCCAAUUUUGAAAAUGUUAAAAUGCGAUUUCAUGAAGAAAUAUCCAAAAAAUUUGAGACAAAGGGUAAACGAAUUAAUUGAAGAAUUGGAAGUGUUGAAAGAGAAGAAAUUGGAAUAUUUAGUUCGUGAGAAGAAAAAGCCAAAGGCAUUGAGAUUAUAUGAACCUCGAAUCGAGAGAGUAUACGAAGGUAGGAGGCAUAAGAAAAUGUCCCAAGAGAAGGCAGAGAGAGAAAAGAUGGUUCAUAAAAUAAAACGCGAAAUGAAAGGAGCAAUAAGAGAAGUCCGAAGGGAUACGUCAUUCUUGGCGAAUUUGAAAAUUAAAGAACAGAUUAAGAGUGACAUGGAACGUAAGCGAAAGGUGAGAGAAAUUUUCGGCGACGCUGCUGUUCAACAAAGUGAAUUUAAUAAAAUGAAGCGACAAAAGUGAGUAUUUAUGAAACAAAUUGAAGAAUUUCGAAAAGAAAAACACUUUUUAAUUUUAAAAAAUAAAAAGCGAAAAUAUUUUCUGUCAAUAAAAUACUUAGUUGGAAAUACAAUCAAUUUUUUUACUACAUAUGUACAAGUAUUUUCUUGUAGAACUGCCAACAAAAUAUUUUCAAUUGACAAAAUAUUUUCUCCCUUCUAAUAUAUUUUGUAUACAAAUCAUUUUUUUUUCUGCAAGUGAACUCUUUAUUUUGUAUUUAAACUCGAGUUC